CAUCCCUUCGCCAACAAACAUCGCCAGUGCGCGGAAGGGCGAAAUUAUGUCGUCGGAUGCAUUGGAACGCGCCGUUGCACGGCUGCAAAAUCUUACAUCCAUUUCUCUGCCGACAGACUAUCCUCGACCUUCUGGAGGCCAACGUCUAGUAGAAGCAGUACAACUGGUCGAGCUCUCUGAGCAGACAUCUUUGGGUCUCUUGAAGCUUGCGUUGUACAACGAAAACUUUGGUGAAGAGGACGAAGAGCUAGGAUUGGUCUCGGGCACGUCCGCGUUCCAUCUUCUUCUCGCCGCAUUUGCAGUCCUACUUCAUCGGUACACCGGAGACACGGAUCUUGUCAUUGGCUCAUCUUCGGCCUCGGCGCGGGACCCUCUCGUCCUGCGGCUUUCUAUAGAUCCAAGCGAUCCGUUCUGGGCGGUUGUCAGAAAGGUGCAGCAGGUGGAAAAGGAGGCGGAGGUGGAUUCUGUGCCCUACGAGAGUAUCGUUAAAGCAUUGGGGAAGGACAAAGAUGACACCACUCGUCCUCUCUUCCGCGUUCGAUUCUUUGACGAAACAGAUGAGCACAACGAGAAUCUCGUUCGGUCGACAAGCUUGACCUCCGACCUCACCAUCUUCGUCGCUCGGUCUGCCGCUUCCAGUCGAGCCUCUCUUGCCCCUCGCAUUUCCCUUCGAAUCAUCUAUAACUCCCUCCUCUUCACCUCUGCUCGCAUAACAUACAUCGUUGACCAACUCUCUGUGUUACUCCGCAAGGUUGCUUCCAAUCCUCUCCUUCCCGUCGGCUCUGUUCCUCUCUUGACGCCUAAGCAACGCGUCACGCUACCCGACCCCACGGCAGACUUGAACUGGUGUGAUUUCAAGGGUGCUAUCACUGAUAUUUUUUCGCGCAACGCUCGUCAGUGGCCUGAUCGCCCAUGCGUGGUCCAGAGCAUCCCUUCUGCAUCCCUUGGACAGAUUCAAGAAAAGCAGAUCUUUUCCUACGGCGCAAUACGUCGCGCUUCCAACAUACUUGCUCACCACUUGAUCCAGGGCGGUGUUCGGAGGGAGGAUGUGGUCAUGGUCUACGCUCAUCGAAGCGUCGACCUUGUCGUUGCGGUGAUGGCGGUAUUGAAGGCGGGUGCUACAUUCUCCGUCAUUGAUCCUGCCUACCCGCCUUCCCGUCAAACGGUAUACCUUCGGGUCGCUCAGCCAAGGGGUUUGGUUGUCCUCAAAGGCGCGGGUACCAUCAAUCCGACCGUGAGGCAAUUCAUAUCUGCGGAGCUUCAAAUCUGUGUCGAAGUCCCUGCUCUUGAACUGUUGGCGAAUGGAGAUAUCAAAGGGGGCAGCGCAAGUGACGGGGCAGAUGUCUUGUCUGCUCAGGGCUCGUUAGCCGACACAGACCCAGACAUCGUCCUUGGACCAGACAGCAUAGGUACUCUUUCGUUCACAAGUGGAAGUACGGGCAUUCCAAAAGGUGUCAGGGGCAGACACUAUAGUCUCACCCACUUUUUCCUUUGGAUGGGGCAACGCUUCGGGAUCGGAGAGCAUUCGAAGUUCACAAUGCUCAGUGGAAUCGCUCAUGACCCCAUCCAACGAGAUAUGUUUACUCCUCUUUUCUUCGGAGCUCAGCUACACGUCCCUACCGCGGAUGACAUUGGUACACCAGGGCGGCUUGCCGAGUGGAUGGCGGACAGCGGGGUCACUGUUACGCAUCUCACGCCUGCCAUGGGUCAGCUCUUGUCCGCACAAGCUACUCGUCAAAUUCCUACUCUCCUAAACGCCUUUUUCGUCGGUGACGUUCUCACAAAGCGCGAUUGUACCCGUCUCCAGUCGUUGGCAGCCAAUGUGCGUAUCAUCAACAUGUACGGAACAACAGAGACGCAGCGUGCAGUUUCGUACUUCGCGAUUCCGAGCGUCGCGCAAGACCCAACGUUCUUGGCGACGCAGAAGGACAUCAUGCCUGCAGGGGAAGGGAUGGUCGAUGUGCAGCUUCUCAUCGUCAAUCGAAACGAUAGGAAUGUCCCUUGUGCCGUUGGCGAGGUCGGCGAAAUCUACGUCCGUUCAGGAGGGUUGGCCGAAGGAUACUCGGAUGCAGAGUCUACCGCCCAGAAGUUCGUCACGAACUGGUUUGCUGCUGAUGGCAUUUCACGACCAGACACUAUUAUUCAGCCUGUUGAUGGUGAGCCUGGUCCAGAAGCCCAAUAUUGGAAGGGUGUCCGCGACCGCAUGUAUCGGUCUGGGGACCUCGGUCGUUACAUGCCGGACGGCGUUGUUGAGUGCACAGGACGCGCAGACGACCAGGUCAAGAUUCGUGGUUUCCGCAUAGAGCUCGGCGAGAUCGACACUCACCUCAGCCAGCACCCGCUUGUAAGAGAGAAUGUCACGUUGGUCAGGAGAGAUAAGGACGAGGAAAAAAUACUAGUCAGCUAUUUUGUGCCAUUGAACAGUCCGGAUUUGGACGGAUUUGCCAGCGACAUACCUGAAGGAGAGGAUGUCGUUAGCGGAAUUCGGAAGUAUAGAAAGCUGAUCAAGGAUAUCAGAGAGCAUCUCAAAAAGAAGCUGCCGAUUUACAGCGUUCCCACAUUGUUUGUCCCUCUCAAGCGUAUGCCUCUUAAUCCUAAUGGUAAGAUCGACAAGCCAGCUCUCCCCUUCCCCGACACAGCGCAGGCCGCAUCUGUUGAGCCCAGAGCCCCAUCCGACGCGCGGAAGGGGACCACUACUGAGGAGACCAUGCAAACCUUGUGGGCCAAAAUUCUACCUAAUGCACCAUCACCGAUUCCUCUGGAUGAAAGCUUCUUUGACUUGGGAGGCCACUCUAUUCUCGCCACUCGACUUAUCUUUGAGAUUCGCAAGACUUUCGUUAUCAAUGCGCCGUUAGGCUUGAUAUUCGAUCAACCGACCAUCAGCGGCCUUGCCUCAGAGGUUGAUGCCCUCCGAAACGCUGAUCUUGGACUAGCCAACGGCACUCCAUCAUCUGCUCAGCCUUCAGUCCAUGACACGAGGAAGGUUGGCCCUAGUGUUGUCGAGUAUGGGUGCGAUUAUGAAGGCUUGCUGCCGAAGUUACGACCUUCGUAUGCUCCUUUGCCAGCGGAUUUCUCGUCUCGCCCAUUGACAAUAUUCUUGACGGGUGCGACUGGGUUUUUGGGUGCCUUCAUUCUUCGUGAUCUUCUUACGCGUGAAGGAAGAGUAAAAAAGGUGAUAUGCCAUGUUCGUGCUUCGACAGCGGAAACGGCAUUGGAGCGCUUAAAACAGGGUGCAAGUGAUCGUGGCGUAUGGGACGAAAGAUGGAUCUCAGCAGGUAGACUUGAAGUUGUCCGCGGAGAUCUCGAUCAGGAAUUGUUUGGUCUUGAGGAGACCGAGUGGGCGCGCAUCUCUCACGAGGCUGACGUUGUAUUGCAUAACGGUGCUCUUGUUCACUGGGUGUAUCCUUAUGAGCGACUGCGGUCUGUGAACGUGAUUGGUACUCUGACCGCCAUCGAACUCGCCUCCGUUGGCAAACAGAAGGCCCUUGUAUUCGUCUCUUCCACAUCUGCCAUCGACACAGAACACUACGUACGUCUAUCCGAAUCGUUAUCUCAAGGUGAAAACAGAGGAGUUCCCGAGAGCGAUGAUCUUGAGGGAGCUAGGCAUUCCCUGAAGACCGGUUACGGUCAGUCAAAGUGGGUCUCUGAAAAGCUACUUUUUGAGGCAGGAAGACGAGGGUUACGAGGCCAUAUCGUGCGUCCUGGCUACGUCGUGGGCGCUUCCGACACUGCUGUUACCAACACCGAUGAUUUCAUUUGGCGCAUGGUCAAGGGUUGCAUUCAGCUAGGCCUGGUCCCAAACAUCAACAAUACGGUCAACAUGGUUCCAGUCGAUCAUGUUGCUCGGUGCACAGCGCUUGCGGCGAUAUCUCCUCUCCCAGAUGCCCCUCUUUCCGUUCUCCACCUGCAAGCAUCUCCACUGCCCACGUUCAACGACAUCUUAUCAUCGCUCGGUCACUAUGGUUUCCCUACAGACCAAUGCGAAUAUCUUGUCUGGCGGCGGAAGCUGGAACAGCACGUCAUGGAAAUGCAAGACAACGCGCUUUUCCCCCUACUUCAUUUCGUACUGGACGACUUGCCGACAAGCACGAAGGCGCCAAACCUUGAUGACUCCAAUAUGAGGGCUGUCCUCUCUCCGCACACGCGGCAGUUGGACGUGACAGUUACCACCGAUUUGAUGGGCAGAUACCUGUCAUGGCUAGUGCAGGCUGGGUUCUUACCUGCGCCUCUUAAUUCUGCUGCCAAUCCACUGCCACACCUAGCAAAUGGGUCGGUGGCGAAAGCAGUGGGGCGCAGUGGUGUUUGAGGAGGGAAAACAAAAGGUGACAUGGUUUCAUCGUAUUGUGCGAACCGCGAUUUUGUACAGUAUCAGUCGAGUUGACGUAGAAGUGUGAGCAACUGUUGUAUUACGGCUGUGCAUGAUGCGCAUGCCCAAACAAAAUGUCACAGACAAUCUCAGCCUCGCC